AGGGCAGCAGGCGGAGGUGGGGGGCGGGAGCCGAGGAGGGAGCCGGCGGCGUCGGCGGCGGCGGCGGCAGAGGGGGUCAGUUCUCCGGAGCGCUCGCCAAUGUGGAGCCGUCUGCCGGGCGUCCGUGGCCCGCAGUUUUUUGGAGCUGUGAGGGAUACAGAAGUUUGAUCAAUAUUGUCUUAACAUGCUUCAGAUAAAUCAGCUUCUCUCCACGAUAAAAUGGCAAAUCCCAAAGAGAAAACUCCAGUGUGUCUGGUAAAUGAGUUAGCCCGUUUCCAUAGCAUCCAACCCCAGUAUAAGCUUCUGAAUGAAAGCGGGCCUGCUCAUUCGAAGAUGUUUUCGGUGCAGCUGAGUCUUGGCGAGCAGACAUGGGAGUCGGAAGGGAGCAGUAUAAAGAAGGCCCAGCAGGCUGUUGCUAGCAAAGCAUUGGCUGAAUCUACACUUCCAAAACCAGCCCAGAAACCACCCAGAAGUAAUGUCAACAACAACCCAGGUAGUAUAACUCCAACUGUGGAACUGAAUGGGCUUGCUAUGAAAAGGGGAGAGCCUGCCAUCUACAGGCCAUUAGAUCCAAAGCCAUUCCCAAAUUAUAGAGCUAAUUACAACUUCCGGGGCAUGUACAAUCAGAGGUAUCAUUGCCCAAUGCCCAAGAUCUUUUAUGUUCAGUUAACUGUAGGAAAUAAUGAAUUCUUUGGUGAAGGGAAGACUCGACAAGCUGCCAGACACAACGCUGCGAUGAAAGCCCUGCAAGCCCUACAGAAUGAACCAAUUCCAGAAAAGUCUCCCCAGAAUGGUGAAUCAGGAAAAGAAAUGGAUGAUGAUAAAGAUGCAAAUAAAUCUGAAAUAAGCUUAGUGUUUGAAAUUGCGCUGAAGAGAAAUAUGCCCGUCAGUUUUGAGGUUAUUAAAGAAAGUGGACCACCACAUAUGAAGAGUUUUGUUACCCGGGUGUCAGUGGGAGAAUUUUCUGCAGAGGGAGAGGGAAACAGCAAAAAACUCUCCAAGAAGCGUGCUGCGACCUCUGUCCUACAGGAGCUGAGAAAGCUCCCGCCUCUUCCUGUGGUAGAGAAGCCAAAACUGUUUUUUAAAAAACGCCCUAAAACAAUAGUAAAGGCUGGACCCGACUAUGGUCAAGGAAUGAACCCCAUUAGCCGCCUGGCCCAAAUCCAGCAGGCCAGAAAGGAGAAGGAGCCUGAUUACGUUUUACUUUCAGAACGAGGAAUGCCUCGCCGUCGAGAGUUUGUAAUGCAGGUCAAGGUAGGCAAUGAAGUUGCGACUGGAACAGGACCCAAUAAAAAGAUAGCCAAAAAAAAUGCUGCUGAGGCGAUGUUGUUGCAGCUUGGCUAUAAAGCGUCCACCAGCCUUCAGGAUCCGCUCGACAAGACGGGUGAAAACAAAGGAUGGAGUGGUCCAAAGCCCGGGUUUCCUGAACCAACAAAUAACACUCCAAAAGGUAUUCUUCAUCUUUCUCCUGAUGUUUAUCAAGAGAUGGAAGCCAGCCGCCACAGAGUGACCUCUGGCACAACUCUAGGCUACUUAUCACCCAAAGAUAUGAACCAGCCUUCAAGCUCGUUCUUCAGUGUGUCUCCCUCAUCGACUAGUUCAGCCACAGUUGCCAGGGACCUCCUGAUGAACGGAACAUCUCCUACUGCUGAAGCCAUAGGUUUAAAAGGAAGUUCUCCUACUCCCCCUUGUUCUUCAGUACAGCCUUCAAAACAACUGGAAUAUUUAGCAAGGAUUCAAGGCUUUCAGUUGCCUUGCAAGCCACGUACUGGAAUGUAACGGUCAACCGACGGGAUGAGAAGCAGCUGGUGUGUGCGCGGGACGCUCUGGCUCCACACAUUUCAUUGCUUCACCUUCCAUCUCAGUCUUCCUCCUCAAGACCAAACGCUGUAAUUUCUUGUAGAAAUGUUCUAGAUCUGUAUUGUGUAGAAGAUAUCAUGUAUUAUAAAUGUUUCACGGCAUCAGUUAUACAAUGAGAAAGAAAAUGAGGGGUUGGGAGUAUUUUUGCAUGUUUGGUUUUUUGUUUUGUUUUGUUUUUUUACUUCACAGAUCCCUUCUGAUUCUUUCAAUUCUGUUGCCAGGUAGUUGCUAGAGUUUUUAAUCAGACUAUUAAUACGAAGUUGAAGAAGCUGUUACCAAUUAUUGACUCUGUCAUCUGAAAUUUAAAUGCUUAAUUUCAAGUUAUAAUUUUAGAAUUUGUUAUUUACCUUAAGAAUUACAAUAAAUUCCUGUUUAAACAAAAGACUUUGAUUCAUAUAGUGAAAGCACUAGACUAAUAUUUAAUUCUACCACUAAUCUGCAUAGGAUAAAUUAAAAUAAACUGAUGAAAAUAAACCCACUGCUCAUUUAAAAAUGUGUGCGAGCGAUGGCUCUGCUCUGCGCCCUCAGUACGUGGUGCACUCUGGCUUUCGGCCGAGCUUUGAAGUUUCUGAGUUCCUGGUGCAUUAGUCCUUGGCUGUGACAGCAGCUAUAAUCUUAUCUCACUUUAGCCAAAUUAUAGUCGACUACGCCAUUGCCCGCUGCUUACGCCUGUCUCAGAAGCUCGCUUUGAGGUAAUACUCUCUUACUCAUGGACACGGUACACAUCUCCAGAUCUGUGGCCGUGGCUGUUACACAUACUGUGCUGCUCCACUGGAAUGAGAGGGGCUGCUGGGACGUGUGCAGUCAUGGAUCCCAGCCUGUAGCCGCAAGGCGACGGUCUGGAGAGUAGCCUCCACUCUGUGGUGUGCACAUGUCAUCAUGUCACCCUGGAAGGUUCCUGGUGACUAAGAGUUUGAAAGUGUAUUUCUUUCUCAGUAAUUUUCUCAGGUAGGAAAACAUACAGAUUUUUUGUUUCUUACAUGAUUUAAUUAGACGGUAGCUAGAAAUUGUAAGACCAGCUUGUUACAGAUUCUAUGUUCUUCUGUUACUUUUAUUUCUGGCAUUUGAAAACAGUAAGUUCAUUUUCUUUGUCCGUAGCUCAGUAGCUUUUCACCUCCAUCCGCACUGAACAGCUGUCAUUCCUACUGAGUGUGCAGACUCUGCACCGCAACCGGAUUCAGGCCUAGCUCAGCUGCUGUGUGUACUGCCAAAUGAAGGCAGAGGAGGCUGGAAAAAGAAGUCGCUUUAACUUAAUUUUAUUUUCAUUUCCCAGUCUUUAAUUGAAAUUUA